AUGGAUCGUCCGCAAGAGCCGCCUACCGCCGGCGAUGCAUCUCCUCCGGCCGCGGUGGUCGAUGUCCCCGUCGGAGGUGCGCCGAACGCCGGCGUCGUGUCGGCCAUGAUCUCCGCCACCAUCCCAUCGAAGAGGAAGAGGUUUCCGAAGCAAUUCUUCGAAGCUCCUGCGGCGGCGGCAGCUUCGCCGGGCGAAGCCCCGCCGGCUGCCAAGAAGGCGGGCAGGAUGAAGACCAAGGCGGCCGGGCCGAGGGGCACCGCGCCGGCCAAGGUGCGGACAAAGGCAAUCAGCCACAUCGGCCUCGCGCCUCCACCGCCCUCCAAGGCCACGCCCUCUCCUCCCUCCGUUACGUCCGAUGCGCCGCCCGCGCCGCCGCCACCCACCAUGGACGUAAACAAGGUGUUCGAUCUUGAGUCCACAACAUCCUACAUGGACAUGCUCAACGGUUCCACGGUGGGGAUGGAUGCAUGCACCGGAGUGGACCAAGGCGGCAAGCGCUAUUGGCAGCGCAUUGAGAAUCUGUACCACCAGCUGAAGCCUCGCACGAAGAGCAUGGCGGACAGAUCCUACCGCUCCCUUGAAGGCCGAUGGAACAUCAUCAAACCGGCUUGUUCUCGUUGGAGUGCUGCCAUGGAUCAAGUGGCCGACAACCCCCCUAGUGGAUGCGUGCCGGAGGACUAUCCCAAGUAUGCUCAAGCACGGUACAAGGACAUGGCCGGCUCGAAGAACAAGGAAUUUCAAUUUCAUCAUUGCUUUUCCAUCCUUCAACAUCUUCCUAAGUGGAAGUUGCGGGACAACGAGCCAAAGUGCAAGAAGGAGGCACUGCUCACCAUGGAUGAUGAAGCGGAGGACAUGAGUGGGAGAAACACCGGCAAGCCCGAGGGCAACAAGAAGGCCAAGGAGAGGGUCAAGGUAGAACUCGAAGCAGCUAGCUUCCGGGAGAAGUUGGAUCAACUCAUGAAGUCCAAGGAGGCAUUGACGAUGAAGACGUUGGAGACCAAGCUCCUCAUCACUGACAAGAAUAAGGAGGUGAAGCUUGCCAAGAUGCAAGCAAGGCGGGAAGAUGCCAAGUUGAAGGCCGAGCUUGACAUGAAGAUGAUCGCACUCAAAGAAGCCAAGGCCAUGAAGGAGCUCUUGGCCGAGGAGAGGGAUAUCAUGAUGAUGCGCACCGACGGCAUGGACGAGGAUCAGCUGGCGUGGUGGAAGGAGACCAAGGCGGACAUCAUUGCGAGGAAGAAGGCUGCACGUCAAGCUCGUGCUCAAGGUGAGUCUCCGGCGAGUGGUGGCACCGGUGGCGAUGGACUCGUUGAUGGUUGA